AUGGUGGUGUGGUCUCUAGAGCCUCAUGUGCGGAGGUUCUUCGAGGCGUAUGGACCUGUGGCUCAUCGAUUGCGAUAUCCGUUCAUUUUCAUUCCAAUUCUUCUAACCUUAUUGCUUUCACUGGGCGCUCUUCGACUACAAGAGUUGAGAGUCGAUGAUCCAUCGUAUGUCUUCACACCGACAACGGCAAGAUGGCGAACCGAGCUCAAAAUCUUCACCGACAAUUGGCCAUUAAAUGAGAACAAAUUCUUGCCCGGGAAAUCUUUUGAAACAAAGCGUUUCAUCAAUGUGUUGAUCAAAGCGAAAGAUGGAGGAAAUAUUUUGAGAGAUCCGAUUUUAAAAGAGAUCAAAGUGCUGAAUGGUUGGAUUAUGAACAACAUCUCUGUGCCGACUUAUGAUGGGAAAUUUGAGCUCUCCUAUCAGGAUUUAUGUCUCUCGUAUGAUUGGAUAUGCGGAGCAAAUGAGCACAUUGAGAUGCUCAUCGAAAGGAAAAAAGUGCAUCAAGUCAUCGAUCUCACGUUUCCGAGAGGAGGAACAAAGGACAACCCAGUUUAUCUUGGAACAACCCUCGGCGAUGUCACCCUUUUCCCAAAUAACACUGUUGAAACCGCGAAAAUCACUCAACUCUUCUAUUUCUUGAAACAAGAGCAGAAAUUACUCCGAGACUACUCAUCAGCUUUCUCCUAUGCAGUUGAACGCUUUCUCUUGCAUAUCUACUCAUCAGAUCUCAUCGAAUUGUCGAUGGCUCAUUAUCAAUCAUUGCAGGAUGGUUUGGAUGAGAACGCGAAGCAUUUCGCUCCGAAUUUCGUUUUCAGCUUCGCUACUCUCUCUUUUUAUGCCCUUGCUUGCUCAUUUACACUCAAACGAGGCAAGAAAAGAAUCGAUUGGCUGAAGAGUAAACCGUGGGUAGCCGUUUCUGGCCUGGCCACAACACUGUUAGCUAUUGGAAGCGGUUUUGGAUGCCUUUUGCUUUUGGGAGUCAACUACAAUGUGAUCAAUACGAUUAUCCCGUUUUUGAUCAUUUCUAUUGGAAUCGAUGAUAUGUUUAUCAUGGUGGCUUGUUGGGAAUCUUCGGAUUCAAGGAAACCUGUACCGCAAAGGAUUUCACAAACACUUGCACACGCGGGAGUGGCGAUAACGAUCACGAAUGUCACUGAUAUUCUCUCUUUUGCUAUUGGUUGUAUCACCGAUCUCCCCGGAAUUCGACUAUUCUGUCUCUACACCUGGGUGACAAUCCUAUUCUGUUAUGUCUAUCAGCUAACUUUUGUUUGUGGGUGGAUGGCGGUUAUGGGCGAAGUGGAAGCAGCACAACGGCACUCACUUCUUCUCUACAAAUUGUACGAUAAAGUGGCUGAUUCAACGAACGGAAAUGCAGCAAAAAGGAUCACGUAUCCCGAGAAUUUACGACAAUUUCAGAGGACUCCGAUUAAGAGUUACAGUAUCUCUGAUUACUCGGAUGACGUGAGUCAAUCAUCGAAUGAUAGCGGAGUUUCGUCGGGGAAGAUUUCACCCGGUGAAUCGAAGAAUAAUUGGAAGAAAUCGAAGUGUGCGAUUAUUCCCAAUACCGCUUGUCCUGUUGGACCACCAAUCUAUCGAACCUCGGCUCCACUACCGCCAAAAGAUCCUUCUUCACUUCCCCACGCCGAGCCGACAAUGAUCGUUCGUUUCUUCUCAAAGAACUAUGCCCCAUUCAUUCUACAAAAUUCGGUCCGAGCCAUCACAAUCCUUGCAUAUUUCAUCUAUGUCAUCAUUGCUUUAUAUGGAUGCAUGAAUUUUCAGGAGGGGCUGAACCCAGCAAAUCUGGUGACAAACGAUCACUAUAUUGCAAAAUAUUUCACUGAUAUCAAAGCUUUUUGGAAGAAAGGACCACAAUUGCAUGUGGCCGUUUUGGCACCACCGAGUUUGAUUGAUGAGAGGCAGAGAAAUGCCAUGCUGAAUGUUAUCUCAUCUCUUGAAAACACUCCGUACACGUUGGGAAGAGAAGGAACAGUUUUCUUCUUAAUUGAAUAUAUGAAUUACCUUGAAGAAUUGAAUGCUGAACUCGAAAAUACGGAAAAAUUGUGGAAAACAAAGUUGCUGAAAUGGCUAAAGUACACAGGCGGUGCCUCACAAUGGCAAAGUGACAUUAAGUUGAAUAAAACGACUCAAGAAUUUGAGGCUUAUCGGUUUACGAUUGCUAUGAAAAACAUUGUCGAGCCAAACGACCACAAAAUGGCCACAAAAAUGCUACGGGAAAUCGCGGACAAACAACCGUUUCAGAUCGAGAUCUUCCACGAGGCUUUCCCAUUCGCUGAUCAAUAUCUAAUUAUUUUGCCUGCAACAGCGAUGAAUAUUGGAAUCUCGCUGAUCUGCAUGGGAAUCGUUUCUUUCCUCCUCGUUCCAUCAAUCCCAUCCGGUGUCGUCACUUUCAUUUCGAUUGUCUCAAUUGCGAUGGGCGUUUUUGGAUAUAUGACGAUUUGGGGAGUCAAACUUGAUGCGGUUUCGAUGAUCUCAAUCAUCAUGUCAAUCGGAUUCGCUGUCGAUCUUUCAGCUCAUAUCAUUUAUGCUUUCGUUACUUCACAUGGAGACACGAGACAGAGAGUGAUUGGAGCAUUGGAGGCACUCGGAUGGCCGAUCUUUCAGGGCGCUUCAUCAACAAUCGCCGGUGUCUCGAUUCUCUACACCGUGAACGCUUACAUCAUUCUCACAUUCUUCAAAACGAUUUGGUUAACAAUGGUGAUCGGGAUGUUACACGGAUUACUCUUCAUCCCCAUUUUUCUCUCUUUCAUCCCAGUUGGUUUCUUCAGAAUUCAUAAAAGUGUCGAAAUGCAU